AUGAGCGUUAACUAUCCAGAAAAACCAACAGAUGCUCAAAAACAGACCGUUUCCGUAUUUAUGGACAGUCUAUCGAAGACAUACCCAUGUGAUUAUUGUGCGAGAGAUUUGCGGAGAAAUUUAAAGGAGGAGCCUCCAAAACUUGGUAGUCGCAGUGAAUUUGCGUUAUGGAUGUGUCAGCUGCACAACAAGGUAUUUAUAUUUCCAGUGUUAAAUUUUCUUUCCUUUUUGUCCUACCAGCGCAGCCACGUUGUGCGUGCACUCCUUAACAAUUGA